CUCCAGAGCCUGUUCUCCAGCUCCGUGUGAAGCAUGCUAAUGAAUCUUCACUUAGUGUCAUGUGGAUGACCCCUGUUGCAGAAUGGGACAGCUAUGUGGUUUCACUGGGAGACAGGGAUCUUACUGUGAUAAAAAAAGGGCUUGCAAAAGAAGCUAAGGAAUUCACUUUCACUGACUUGGUACCUGGAAGAAAAUAUACAGCCACCAUCACUACCAUUAGUGGGAUUUUAAGCAACUGGACUUCAGUGGAAGGAAGAACAGUGCCACCCCAAGUGACUGGUCUGACUGUGACAAGUCAGGGAUCAACCAACAGCUUGUUCACCAACUGGACAAGAGCGCUGGGAGAUGUAGAUUCAUACCAAGUGCUACUGAUUCAUGAGAAUGUUGUCAUUAAAAAUGAGACUGUUCCCAGUGAAACCAACAGAUAUCACUUUUAUUCCCUGAAACCUGGAGGACUUUACUCAGUUGUUGUCACCACUGUCAGUGGGGGGAUAUCUUCAAGGCAAAUGAUCGCAGAGGGAAGGACAGUUCCUUCCAGCGUGACUGGAGUAACAGUAAAUAACUCAGGUCGCAGUGACUACCUCAGUGUUUCUUGGCUGCCAGCUUCUGGAGAUGUGGACAGUUAUUUGGUAACGCUGUCUCACGAUGACCAGAUUAUUCAGACUCUCACCAUUUCCAAAUCCUUCAGUGAAUGCUCCUUCAGCAGCCUUACUCCUGGGACACUUUACAAUGUGAUGAUAACUACAAAGAGUGGGAAGUAUGAAAAUUAUUCCUUCAGCCAGGAACGAACAGUCCCUUCAAGUGUUCAGGGGCUUACUGUCAGCAAUUCAGCCAGAAGUGACUACUUGAAGGUGUCCUGGUUACACGCCUCUGGAUAUUUUGAUAAUUAUGAAGUGGUCAUCAAGAAUAACAAUGAUUUCAUCCAAACAAAAAGUGUCCCAAAGGACAAAAAUGAAUGUGUGUUCACUAAUCUGGUCCCAGGGAGGCAGUACAGUGUCACAGUCAGCACAAGGAGUGGGAAAUAUGAAACUAGUGAAAGGGUCUAUGGCAGAACAAUGCCAGAGUCAGUGAAAGAACUGACUCUCAGUAACAGGAGCACAGAAGAUCUACAGGUAACUUGGUCAAAGGCUGAAGGGGAUGUUGAUAAAUAUGAAAUUCAGCUCCUCUUCAAUGAUAUGAAGAUCUUCCCACCCAUUUUCCUUGGGAACACCAUUGAGGAGUAUUGGUUCACAGCUUUGACUCCAGGACGUCUGUACAAAAUUCUUGUCCUGACCAUCAGUGGAGAUGCACAGCGUGCUACCUUCAUAGAAGGCCUGACAGUUCCAAGUGUGGUCAGAAACAUUAAUGUGUCACCUGACGGCAUGACAAAUAGCCUGAAAGUGAGCUGGACUCCUGGAAGUGGAGAUGUUGAUUCCUACACAGUGACUAUAUUUCAGCAGAACCAUCAGCUUGAUUCCCAGAGUGUCUCCAAACAUGUCUCUGAGCACACGUUUCACAAGCUGGAAGCUGGGGAGCAGUACCGGGUGGUGGUGCAAUCUAACAGUGGGACUUUGCACAACAGCUUAGCAGCUUUUGGGAGAACAAUUCCAGCCUCUGUCCAGGAUUUAUUAGCCCAUCAUGCUUACAGCAGUCAUUCCUUGUUAGUAACCUGGCAGAAAGCUCCUGGUGUAGCUGAAAGAUAUGACAUUCUGCUCUUGAACGAGCAAGGAAACCUCCUGAGCAAUAAAUCGGAGCCAGCUACUGCCAAACAGCACAAAUUUGAAGAUUUAUUAGCCGGCAAGAAGUAUAAAAUACAAGUUUUGACAGUCAGUGGUGGGCUCUUCAGUAAACGAGCAGAAACUGUUGGCCGAACAGUUCCAGCAGCUGUCACAAAUCUGAAGGUCACAGAGAACACCACUGACCGACUGUCCUUCAGCUGGACCACCUCACAAGGGGAGCUUGAUUCAUAUGACAUCUUCCUAUACAACCCAGACAAGUCCCUUCAUGACAGGAUUUCAGGAGAGCAACACCUCCAGAAGUGUUCAUUCCAGAACCUGCGGCAAGGCAGGAUGUAUCGAAUGGUGAUUGUUACCCACAGCGGAGACCUCACUAAUGAGUCAUCUGUCUUUGGAAGAACAGUACCAGCUCCAGUUGUUGGUCUCAGGGCGUCCAACCGAAACAUGACAGACAGUCUGUGGUUCACCUGGGAUCCAGCAGCAGGAGAUGUUGACUUCUAUGAGCUGAAUCUUUACAACCCAAAUGGGACACAGAAAAAAACAUGGCACAGAAAAGACCUGAAAGAGUGGCAUUUCCAGGGGCUCAUUCCUGGCAGAAAGUACACUCUGGUUGUGGUGACUCACAGUGGUGACCUGACCAACACAGCAAAUACUGAAGGAAGAACAGCACCCAGCCCUCCCAAUACUGUAUCGUUUACUGAUGUUGCAAACACUUCUUUAUCAAUCACUUGGCUGGGUCCUCCAGACUGGACAGACUAUGACGAUUUUGAGUUGCAAUGGCUUCCAAAGGAUCCCCUCACAGUAUUCAAUCCCUACAGCAGCAGCAAAUCAAAAGUACGCAUCAUCUAUGGGCUGCGACCAGGAAGGCUCUAUGAGUUCAGUGUCAGAACUGUCAGUGGCGACAGCUGGAAGACGUACAGUCAGUCACAGUCUGCAAGUGUGAGAACGAAACCGGACAAGAUACAAAGUCUUCAUUGUCGGCCCCAGACCUCUACUGCCAUUGCCUGUUCCUGGACUCCUCCCGAUUCUGACUUUGAUGGGUAUAGUAUUGAAUGCAAAAAACUGGACAAUCGUGAAGUGGAAUUUUCCAAAAGGAUAGAAAAAGACAAAUCUCUGCUUAAUAUCAUGACCCUCGUUCCCCACAAGCGAUACCUGGUGUCCAUCAAGGUGCAUUCUGCAGACAUGACAAGUGAAGUAGUUGAAGACAGCACCAUCACAAUGAUUGACCGUCCCCCUCAGCCACCUCCAGACAUACGAGUGAAUAAAAAAGAGGUGCUGAUUACCAAAUCCUCCAUCAACUUUACUUUUAACUGCAGCUGGUUUAGUGAUACUAAUGGAGCUGUGAAAUACUUUACUGUGGUUGUGAGAGAGGCUGAUGGUAGUGAAGGACCAAAGCCUGAUGAGCAGCACCCAUUACCUUCCUACCUGGAGUACAAACACAACAACUCUAUACGCAUCUACCAGACAAAUUAUUUUGCCAGUAGAUGUGCUGAAAACCCUGACAGUGACUAUAAAAGCUUUGACAUUAAGCUUGGAGGAGAAAUGGAAAAUCUGGGAGGAAGGUGUGAACCAGAUCAGCAAAAAUUCUGCGAUGGACCUCUAAAGCCUCGGACUGCUUAUAGGAUCAGCAUACGGGCUUUUACCCAGCUCUUCAGUGAAGACCCGAAGGAACUCCCUAAACCACUCUUUGCAGACACCUUCUUCUCUUUACCAAUCACUACAGAGGCAGAGCCUCUGUUUGGAGUUAUUGAAGGUGUGAGUGCUGGCUUGUUUCUCAUUGUGAUGUUAGUGGCUGUUACUGCUUUAUUUGUCUGCAGACAAAAAGUUGGCAAUGGCCACGAGAGAACUACAGCAAGGCUGAGCAUUCGCAGGGACAGGCCACUGUCAGUCCAUCUGAACUUGGGGCAAAAAGGGAACCGGAAAACUUCCAGUCCGAUCAAGGUCAGUCAUUUUGAAGCGCACUUCACCAAACUUCAAGCAGACUCCAACUACCUCCUGUCCAAGGAGUAUGAGGACCUGAAAGAUGUGGGUCGAAACCAGACAUGUGACAUAGCGCUUCUGCCAGAGAACAGAGGGAAAAACCGAUACAAUAAUAUAUUGCCCUAUGAUACAUCAAGAGUGAAGCUUUCCAAUGUGGAUGAUGAUCCUUGCUCAGACUACAUUAAUGCAAGCUACAUCCCAGGCAAUAAUUUCCGCAGGGAAUACAUAGCGACUCAGGGCCCUUUGCCUGGCACGAAAGAUGAGUUCUGGAAGAUGGCAUGGGAGCAAAAUGUUCACAAUAUUGUCAUGGUAACCCAGUGUGUUGAGAAGGGCCGGGUGAAGUGUGAUCACUACUGGCCUCUUGACCGGGAUUCCUUGUACUAUGGAGACCUGAUUGUUGAGAUGCUGUCUGAAUCGGUGCUCCCAGAAUGGACAAUACGAGAGUUUAAAAUCUGCAGUGAAGAGCAGCUUGACUCAACGAGGCUUAUUCGUCACUUCCACUACACUGUCUGGCCAGAUCAUGGUGUGCCAGAGACCACCCAGUCCCUGAUCCAGUUUGUCAGAACUGUAAGGGAUUAUAUCAACAGGACCCCAGACACAGGACCAACUAUCGUGCACUGCAG